AGGCUGGGAUUGUUCGAGCCGCUGCGCGUGGCUUUUCCGUUGAGACGCUGAUGCACGCGUCUGUGCCGUUCACCGGCUUCAGCAAGUUUCCAGGUGAAAUGUAGCUUCUAUCACUCGACUAGCACCACCCGACGCGCGACGUGGAGACAGACAUCGAGUCUUCCCGCACUUUUGACUAGCGGACCUGUUUUCUCUUCCGAACCACACUCACUCCAUCCUUCCUUCACGCCCUGCAAGUAUCACUCGUCAAGAUGCCUUCUCCUCUCACCUCUACUCCCGUCCGCGCGCACAUGACCGCAUCCAAAUCGCUCGUCCGGCGUUCGCGCUUGCACAACAAAGACAUUCGCGAGGCCUACCUCCAGUCCGACACCUCUUUCGAUUCCUCGACAAAGAGUGACAGUGACACCGGCCCAUCUGUUGAUGUCAGCGUCCCACUCCCCGUUCUACUCGGGGAACGUUGUGAAGCGCUUUCACAUUCCACUAUCGACGCCUCGAAAGAUUCUUGCGCAUCUGUCUCUGCCGAGCUCAAGGCUGUACAGUCCGAGCUGCACCAGACCAGGGCGGCGCUUUGGGUCGCGCGUCAAACGAGCGAAGGCAAGUCGAAGGAGCUGGAUGUUUGGCGCGCUGCUCCGAAAUGCCGCAAGUCGAGCUUCGGGCAAGAAAGCAGCGGCGAGGCGCUCAUCGAGAAGCGGCUCGGCCCACCACAAUACAAGACGAGAGCAAAGGCGGACGAAGGACACGAUCGACGCGCACGUCUUGAGAUUCUCAAGGCCAAAUUCGCCCAGACGGGAUCCGACAGCAUUCAAGAUUAACACUGAGCAAGACACGUCCGCAUCCGAACUUUGUUGCUAAUCACGGGAUCUUCAUUCAAUCUCGGCAGGAUUGAGCCUCACCGCUUACAACACGCGACGCGCGGCUCUCAACCCUCGACACAAACGCUUGAUUUCGUGUCGCUCGCUGUGCCGAGAUCAGCGGCCGGACUUCAAAGCAAGACCUGUCCCCUCCCCCCUCUUUCCUUU